CUCCUCUACGUGCAAACAAUAAAGAACCACCUAUGGCCUCCACCCUGGACCACUGGACAUAAGAUGGAAAAGAACGAACCCACAGGAUGGGAAUACUGUUCCCUGACCCCAUGUGGGAAGGCUUCAACUGGAAGAGGAGGGUAUGCUGACACUAAGGAAAGCUUUAAAGACUCUUUUCUGAGGGGUCCAGUGGAGUGAGGAGGCGGGUUGGUUCACGUUGUGUGAAUGGGACAAGAGAGCAGAAACCAAAUGUACAGUUCAGGGAUGAACAUCAGCCCAGCGAUGGCACCAGUGUCUCCGGGGCUGAGUGGCAGUCCACCACUGUCUUCUCAUUCACCUAAGAAGACCACCUUUCAGUCUCUGGGAUCACUGUCUUCAGGAGUGUUCUCCCCCUCACUGGGUAAGGGCUCCCCUCAUGCAGCGAGGCAGGCCUCCUUUGACUCACCCACCCCGUCUAUUAUGAGCUCCCCAAAACUCUGGCAUAAAGCAUCCAUCUCCAGACUGGCAGAGGAGUUCUUCUGGAUUGGUGGGAGUGUGGUGGCACAACCUAAAUGGAGACUGGGCCAGAUAGUGGAGAGGUGUAUGUGCACCAUGCAAAGCGGCACUCAGAUGACCAAACUGAAGGGAAAGAAGAAAGGACUGGUCCGAUUCUUUUAUCUGGACAAGCACAAAUCCUGCAUCCGGUGGCGGCCCUCCAGGAAACACGACAAAGCCAAAAUAACUAUUGACUCCAUCCAUGAGGUGUGUGAGGGGAAAAAGUCUGAGAUCUUCAGGCGUUAUGCAGACAACCGUUUCGACCCAAACUGCUGCUUUAGUAUUUACUACGGGGAGCGUGUAAAGUCCUUGGAUCUGGUGUCCACCAACUCAGAGGAGGCUCGAACCUGGAUCACUGGACUCAAAUACCUCAUGGCUGGUAUCAGUGAUGAAGACAGUUUGGCACGGAGGCAGCGCACCCGUGAUCAAUGGUUACAGCAGACUUUUUCCGAGGCCGACAAAAAUGGAGACGGCACCUUGAGCAUUGGAGAAGUUCACCAGCUGCUCCACAAACUCAAUGUGAAUUUACCCAAGCAGAAAGUCAGGGAGAUGUUUCAAGAGGCAGACACGGACGAGAACCAGGGCUCUCUGGCCUUUGAGGAAUUCUGUUCCUUCUACAAGAUGAUUUCCACACGCAGAGACCUCUACCUGAUUAUGAUCUCCUACAGCAAUCAGAAAGAAGUCAUGGAUCUGCACGACCUUGCACGCUUCCUGGAAAAUGAACAGAAGAUGCGAGGCCUCACCAGAGAGCAUCUAGUUGACAUAGUGGCCAAGUUUGAGCCAUGUCCUAUGAACCUGCAGCGUAUGGUGCUGGGGAUUGAUGGGCUUACCAACUACAUGCGGAGCCCAGCAGGUGACAUCUUUAACCCCGAGCACAACCAGGUGAACCAGGACAUGACACAGCCUCUCUGUAACUACUUCAUUUCCACAUCACACAACACUUACCUGACAGGAGACCAGCUGCUCUCCCAGUCCAGAGUGGAGAUGUACGCCUAUGUCCUGCAAGCUGGAUGUCGCUGUGUGGAGGUGGACUGCUGGGAUGGACCGGAUGGAGAACCCAUCAUCCAUCAUGGUUACACACUGACAUCCAAAAUUCUCUUCAAGGAUGUUGUGGAAACAAUCAACAAAUAUGCCUUCACAAAAUCACAGUACCCGGUGAUCUUGUCCAUAGAGAACCACUGCACUGUGCCUCAGCAGAAAAAGAUGGCCGAGUAUCUGAAAGAGGUGCUGCAGGAUAAACUGGACCUGUCCAAUGUCAAUGUGCAUGAAUGCAAGAAGCUGCCGUCCCCUGAGAUUCUGAAAGGGAAAGUUUUAGUCAAGGGAAAGAAGCUGCCAGUAAAUCUUGAUCCUGAUGCAGAAGAAGGCGAUGUGUCUGACGAAGAUACUGAGGAUGAGGAAGAAGAGGACGAUGAUGACGAUAACUCACAGGAUGGGGACAAUGCUACUACAACUAAUCAGCCAAAAAAGAAAAGACGAUUUGGCAGAUCAAUCAUUAGGAGCUUCAAGAGAAAGAGAAAAAAGAAAACACGUGGAAAAAGCAAGUCAAUGUCUGAUGGUGAAUCGGAUUACAGCACCAGCAGGGAGAGGACACAAAUUGUUUACCAUCCCAAAAAAAGGAAAACAAUGAGGCUAUCCCGAGCGCUGUCUGAUCUGGUCAAGUACACAAAAUCUGUCCGUGUCCAUGACAUAGAAGCACAAGGUAAAUUCAAGACUCAAUCACAUUUCAUCAAACGCACACAAGUUUAGCAGAAUGGGUUCCUGAUGCAGCUGUCUUUUUGUUAUCUGGCAGCAUACACGAACAGUUGGCAAGUAUCAUCCCUAAAUGAGACUGUGAUGAACCAGAUCUUGCAGCUGAAACCAGCCGAGUUGGUGCGUCUUAACCAGCGUCAGCUUCUGAGAGUCUACCCGUCCAACUACAGAGUGGACUCAAGCAACUUCAACCCACAACCGUAUUGGAAUGCAGGAUGCCAUAUGGUUGCAAUGAACUACCAGACUGAAGGCCGAAUGCUUGAACUGAACCAAGCCAGAUUCUCCAGCAAUGGAAACUGUGGCUAUAUUCUCAAACCAAAGUGCAUGUGUAAAACUGCCUUUAACCCUGCAUUGGAGGAUCCUCUACCAGGACGCAGAAAGACUCAGUUAGUGCUGAAGAUCAUCAGUGGACAACAACUUCCGAAACCCAAAGACUCCAUGCUCGGGGAUAGAGGAGAGAUUAUUGAUCCCUUUGUUGAAGUUGAGAUCAUCGGCCUACCUAUCGAUUGUUCCAAGCAGCAGACCAGAGUGGUGGAUGAUAAUGGUUUCAACCCAAUGUGGGAGGAGACACUCGUCUUUAACAUUCAAAUGCCACAGAUCGCCCUGGUGCGGUUCCAGGUGUGGGAUCAUGAUCCUAUUGGACGAGAUUUCAUUGGACAGAGGACUGUGGCGUUCAGAAGCAUGAUGCCAGGUUAUCGACAUGUCUACCUGGAGGGAAUGGCAGAAUCGUCCAUCUUUGUUCAUGUUGCUAUCAAUGAUAUAACAGGAAAGAUCAAACCUUCAAAUGCUGUGCAAGCAGCCAAAAAACACAUCCAAAAAGCAGCCCAGAAGCAUAUGAAGGGUCCUCCGAGGCAGCCUUCUCUAGAUUCCUCUGUCCAGUCCUCAGAGGAUGGACGUGGUUGGUACUUUCGCAAAGAUCUGGACACCAUAUCUCAGGACAGCAGAAAUGGGGAAUGGUUUCCUAUGGUUCAAGGGCCAGCAGCCAAGGCUGCCUUCCACAAAGGGGCAAUGAGUGAGCCACUGAAGCGAGCACACAGAGUUAAAAUUCAUGAACCACCAGAGACAAGGAGAGGGAUCUUCAGCCGGAUGUCCUCCACAGACUCCCACUAUGCUGGGCCUGCUCCCUGUGUGAUAAUGGAAAGCUUUGACCUAGAGACCUCUUCCCAGCAUUCUUGUCCUGAUGAUCCUGCUCCUUACAGCCAAAAUCCACUAAUUCAAGAGGAGUUGGAGGAGAGUGAAUUUCCAGAGACAAACUGUGAAGAGCAGCAGACACUUCAGAAAUCAGAAACAGCACAGCCUGAACCAUCUGAGGAGUUACCACCAGAGCCAGAACCAGACAAGGAUGUUGCCCCUGAACCUGGGCAACCACCAGAAACUCAGAGUCAGACUGACUCCUGCCCUCAGCCUCAGCCUGUGCCAUGGCCUGAAGCCAAACCCCUUCCACUUAUUCCUCCACCAUCUCCUGCCAGGAUCAGACGGACUUUAGAGGCUCCUGCCACCCCCCGACCGUCCACCCCCAUACGGACAAAGGCCCGCUCCCGCAGUUGCCCUCGAAAACAGACUACCUCUCCUCAGACACCAAUGCUGAACCACAAGCUUAACUUCCACUGGCAGAAACAGCGGGUGAAAAACUAUGGCAGCUACAGCAACCAGGUGAGACAGAUACCCAACGGUCUCUGCCUGUCGGACAGCGCCUCCAGCAGCAGUGACGGCAGCACUGACAGUCUGGAGUUUGUACCGUCCUGUGUGCCAGCUGAGGCAGAGCAACACGAGGGAACCCUGCAGAGGGAGAUGAAGGCUCUUUUCGACCUGAAGAUGAGAGAAAUUCGUUGUAAAUCACCUCUUUUUCUAGAAAGUGAGCCAAACUAGCAACACUGUAAGAGGAAUUAAACACAAAAUCUAAGAGGCUGCAAAAAAUUACAUCUUUUUUUUAAAAUUCUUUUUGUUUGCUUCUUAGAGUAGACCACAAUUUAGACACCAAACAAAGCAGUCCUGCUUUUCUGUCUAGAUAAAUGGGAAUUAAUGGAACAGAAUUAUAUAAUUAGGCAGUUUUUAUUAUUGUAGUCCACCUGGAAUAUUUACAGUCAGCACAGUUUUUAUGCAUAAAAUAGCUUUUAAAAAGAAAUUGUUGAAAUCACAUGAUGCCACUGCCAACUGUACAAAACAGCAUGAUGCAGAGUUGUAAACAAUAUAGAAAGUACUAAAUAUGUGAGUACUAUCUGUUAGUCUUUUU